UAGUACCCAGCAUUGGAGUAAAUAUUACUUCCACUGUUCACAAUAAAUUAACAGUUUCUAAUCCCAAGUAGAACUAGUACACAGUCCUUAGCACAUUAUUUUGGACUUCUCUCCUAUUUUAUUUCUCACAAAUCUCGCAUCUUCUCCCACGUCUCCUUCUUCCUCCUUCCCUUUCACUCCUUUAACUCACUCUCUUCACCUCCAUUUCUCUGCAACAAAAAGGAAGAAAAAAAUGUUCUUUUUAAUACCAAAACUUUUAGUUUAACUAAAUGGGCAAAGCAUCUAAAUGGUUUAGAGGGCUUCUUGGCCUUAAGAAAAACGACCCAUCAUCUUCUUCCUCUACCCAAAAUAAUCAGACAAACCCCACUAAGCCCACUAAGAAAAAAUGGAGCUUUGUUAAAUCUUACAGAGAAAAAGAUUCUUCUUUUAUUAAACCUGCUGAUAAUAAAUCGAAUUAUGGUGUCUCAACCGACGCCAUUGGCAGUGUUGAUCCGACUAAGCGUGCGAUUGCGGUGGCGGAAGCAACUGCUGUUGUGGCGGAAGCUGCUAUCGCCGCCGCUCAAGCUGCUGCUGCGGUGGUGAAACUCACUAGUAGCGGUAGAGGUACUUCUACUAGUAACGGUGCUAGUGGUCAUGGUGCUGCUGUGAUGACGUGGAAUGGUGUUGCUGUCAGCUCCUCCUCCGCCUCCUCUGCGGCGGUUGUUAACAGAAGUGGCGCAGUCUCCGGCAGCCGUGAAGAUUGGGCCGCCGUCGUCAUACAAUCACAUUUCCGGGCUUAUCUGUCGAGGAGAGCUUUACGAGCGUUGAAGGGGCUUGUGAAGCUUCAGGCAUUGGUGAGAGGUCACAUUGUGAGGCAACAAACUGCUGAUUAUCUACGGCAAAUGCAAGCAAUGAUCAGAGCUCAGUCGAGGGCUCGUGCUGGGCGAUCUCAGGUCUCGGGAUCCCCACAUUCGAGCACCAAAUCUGUUCAGUUUCUUCAUGCUGGUCCUACAACUCCUGAGAAAUUCGAGCAUGUUAUCCGUGCAAGGAGCAUGAAGCAUGAUGAAACAUUUAUGCUCAAGAGGAACAGCUCGAAAUCAAAUUGGAAGGUGAUUGAUUCGGAAAAGGCACGAAUUAGACCCCAAGGAUCUUCUGCAAGAACCAAUUCUUUUGAUGAUGAAAAAAGUGACAAGAUCCUCGAAAUAGAUACUGGGAAACCGUAUGCCACGCCUAAACAAAGGAACCUCUUCCACUCCUCUCAUCUUAGCUUGAAUUCUGACCAAUACAGCUAUAGCUUAACAACAUCAAAGGAAUCAACAGCUCAUCAAACAGUUCCAAGUCCAUCGUCCUGUGGAAAUCAACCCCUGAGCCCGUUGAAGUUCAACGAAGAACUCGAGGAAGCCUGCUUCUGCACUGCUGAUAAUAGCCCUCAGUUUUACUUGGCUUCUUCAAAAGGCGGUAGUACAAAGAGAGGGCCGUUUACUCCAACUAAGAGCGACGGUUCAAGAAGCUGCUUGAGUGGUUACUCUGAUCAUCCUAACUACAUGUCUUACACCGAGUCAGCCAAGGCUAAGGUACGUUCAAUGAGUGCACCAAAACAAAGGCCACAUUACGAGAGAUCAAGCUCAAUAAAUAGGUACUCGAUUCACGGGUACAGUGAGUCAAGAACCAACUCACAAAAGGGUUCCUUUGAUGCCAGUUUCACUGGUAAAGCUUAUCCUGGUUCUGGUCGAUUGGACCGGCUUGGAAUGCCUGUUAUUAGGGCAGAUCCAUCUGGAUUCAGUGGUGGUCUUCGGCACAGAUAUUAAGCUAAUUGUAGUUGAAGUUUUCUGUUUAAUUCUAUAACUGUUCAUCGACUCUGAUUAUGCUAACUUAUGUAGCUAAUUAAUUAUGAAAUAUCCUAAUGUCUUACCAUAGGCAUUUUCCUUGUUGGAACCACGGUGCUAAUGUGAAGCAAUUUAUGUUUAGUUCUAAAUCUUACUUGGAAAAA